UCGUGUCAGCACAGCCAAUCAGAGUUCAGAUACAAAACAAACCAAAAUGGCGGUGCACUAGUUCAGCACUUGUGUACAGUAGCCAUGUCAUGGAAAAACCUUGCAUUUUAUGAUGUUGCAUCUAUCUGAGGAAGCUGAGAGAGUGGUUUUUAAUACACGAACAACUCUAUUCUGUUUUUGAGUAGAUCGAGAGAGACAGAGUUAAAGUCUUGCUGAGUCCAUCGAUCAUUCAGGAGAUAUGGCGCAGGCAGUGGCGGAGAAAGAUGCUGAAAGCUCCUUAACGGAAGGGAUGGAGACUAUGGGAGUGCAGGAGGCGGACAAGACGGAGAAAUCAAGUCAGGGUGAAAAGGAGAAGCAGCAGGCAGACAAAGCCAAGGCAGAGGAGGCGAGCGAAGCCAUGGAGCAAGGUCAAAAGCAAGAAGAAGAGAAGAAAGAGGCGGAUAGCGUGAGAGCAGAGGAGCAGAAGGAGGAGGAGGGGAAAGGUGAUAUUGACAGUAUGGAGGAGCACAGAGGAGUACAGGAGCAGCAGCAGCAGCACCAACAGGAGGGUGAUGAGGCAGAGUGGGAGAUCCCCUACAGUGACGAGGAGAUGGAGGAGAAGGAGGCGCGCUGCUGGAUGCCGGCGCCGCAGGAGAUCAAGAGGCUGUACGAGCUGCUGGCCAAGGGGGAGGAGCUGGAGCUGAAUUACGUGCCCCUCCCCCGACGGCCCCCCACGCCCCCUCGCACCCCCUCACCUGAGCGGGACGGGCAGGAGGCGCAGGAGGCCACGGAACAGGAGAGCGAGAACAGGUCUCUCACUCCAACUGAGUUUGACUUCAACGAGGAGCAGACUCCUAAAAACACCUUCAUCAACCGCAGAAGGACCCCAGGCUCGUCGGCUCGCUCCACGGUGCGUCGGGAGGCGCGCAUGGACAAGGUGCUGUCGGACAUCAAGCGGCACCGCAAGAUCGACCAGCAGCUGCUGCGCAGUGGGCGGGACUUGUUCAAGGGUGAGAAGUCCAGCCCGGCCCCCAAGGAACCGCCGCUCUCCCCCAACAGCCAACGGGAACGCGACAAGCAGCGGGAAAGAGACAGCAACCCCAACACUGUCUUCAGCCCUCGCCAGAGGAGAUACUGACACAGGGACAGGGGUGUGUAUGUGUGUGUGUGUGCGCGUGUACAUGUGUGCACCUGUGUGUGCGUGCGUGCGUGCAUGCAUGCAUGCGUGCGUGCGUGCGUGUGGGGAAGAGAGACUGCCACCCUCAGACUGUUCUGAGAGAGACAAUCCCAAACACACUGGGGUUACAACAUGGACUUGAACUCAUGUCAGAAGAUGAUGAAGAUAUGUCUGUCUGUGAGAGAGAGAGCGAGCAUGUGAUUGACAGCCAGACGAGAGGGAAGGAGAGAUACUGGUGCCGACCAGCCAUAGACUACUACUCCAUUGGCAAUAUGUACUAAAGUCAACGACGCUUUUUGGGCCCAUGGGGUACAUCCAAAAAUAAUGCCCAUAAAUUAAUUAGUAAUUGGUGAUUAAUGAACUGAAAUUAAUAUGUUUCUCAGAUGAUCCACUAAAAAACAAAAAACUCCAUACAAUCCAUAUUCCAUACAAUAGUGGUAUUAGCUGUGGUUGUGCCACCCUGACAUUUGCUAAAAUCAGUGAUGGCCAAAAUGGACUCAUUAGUUACAAUCUAGAGCCACAUAUUCCAAAUGACUUGGUUUACCUGUCCAAUUCAGCCAGAUGAUUGAUUGGCUGUUUGAAUGAUCACCUGGUUGAAUUGGAAAAGGUAAAACAAGGUCAUUUGGAAUAUGUGGUACUGGACUCUAACUAAUGAAUCCAUUUUCUCCAUUACUGGGCUAAAGCGUCAUUGGCCUUCUCUACAUGUCUAUGGUCAACUCUCUGAUCCAGGGCUGAGUCUCAGCUCUCCCCCCUGCCGCCACUAGAGGGCGACUGUGUGCACACGUUUGGAAUUUGCAGCUCCAUCUCAAUCUAGCACCUUCCUUCCUCCUUGUGCUUGUGUCCUCGUGAUGCGCGGCAAGCCAGGUGUCAUUGAUGAUAGAUGUUUUAUUGAAUAGCUUGCAAAAGCACAACGUAAAUAUAAUUUCCUCAUUUGUAAUUGCAAUUGGGAUGUUAAAUGGAUAAAAAUCCCCCCAAAAGUUUGUUUUUCUCCACGGAGACGGGAUGACACUGAAGCAAGAGGGCUGUUUGAGUUGGAGCCUGGGAGUGAUUUCCAAUAUGCUGAUUCCCAUCCUCAGCCUGUGCUUGUGGCCUCACGUUUCCUUGACGCCCCCGCCACCGCUGUGAAAACAAAGUUUUGGGGGACUAUUCUUCUUUCAUUAUACCGAUUGCAAUUGAGAAAAUGAAACGCGCUUUUGUGACAUUGAAAUGCACUUCUGUCUUUGGUAACGUCACCGCAAGGCCACAAGCAUGCAAGGGAGGAUGUGAGUCUGCAUAUUGGAAUCCACCCCUCAUGUCUGUAAAGAGGAGGAGGCAUGGAGCUGCACAGGGGAAAGCCACGGGUUCGAGGCCGGCCAAACGGGUUCACCAUGAACUUUUCAUGAUUGCAUUAAUGACUUGAUAAUCUAUGCUGUUUUUAUGAAUAACUAAUUGAUAUGAUAAUAUCAGAAUGUUUGGACCGAGGGUCAGCUUUUUUCUAUGUUUGUAAUAAACACUUGGGUAUUUUCA